GGUACAGAGGGAAAACAGUUCACCAUGGCGCUCUGGAGAUGUAUGAUCUGUUUUAUCUUUGUUUCUUUAACUCUGAAGGUGCUCCUUAGCCACAUAAAUGCAGCUCAUGGUCGAAGGCAGGAUUUUUGGGUUUACUGUGGAAUAGAUGGCUGUGAACAAGAUUUCAGAGUUUUUAACUCAUUCUUUCGCCACAUUAAACGGACGCACCCCCUGUAUUUGACGAAUGGAAGCCCACCAAGAGGAUGGAGAAUCCCCCCAACAUCCCACUCUUUAGGAUCGGAAAAUUUUGGUGUUUCAGUCUUUGCCAACUGUAGUACUACAACAACAACCAGCACCGUGGAAAUAUCAACUGGUGGAUCUUUGCCUGAGGUGCAGGAGCCUCAGGUUGUUGACAGCCCGAUCACGGAAGAAGCUGUUACUACAACAUCCUUUACCAGACACAAUAUUACCAGAUCUGCUGCAGCUUUUGCUAUCAGUGUUCAAGAACAGUGCCACUUAUCACAGAGAACGGUCAAACAUAUCAUCUCAGGAGUGCAACAAUAUCAGGCUGUUCUUUUAGAUACGCUCAAGGAAAGAUUGAAGACAGUGUUUGAAGAUCAUGCCGAGGGAACCACUCAGCUUCAAGAUGAGGCUUUGGCUACAUUUGAUAAAUUCAUGGAUCCUUUCUCCACCAUUGCAUAUGGACAGAGUAGAGCCAUAGGGGAAAUGUUCUGUCCAGUCAACGCAGAGGAAGUAGUAGUAUCCCAGAAGAUAUGUUGGGUAAAGCAAGGUCUUUCAAGGGUCAUGUCCAUAAGGAACAAAAGUUUUUACUAUGUACCAUUAAUUGAAAGUCUAAAGCAGUUAAUGACUAAUGAGAGAAUCUUUACCAUGUUGAACACUGCACCACAAAGAAGCAGAGAGGGAUUCUUCUAUGAUUUUAGAGACGGGUCCCUCUUUACAUCUCGCCCCUUGUUUUCUCAGAGGCCAAAUGCAUUGCAAUUAAUACUGUACACAGAUGAAAUUGAAAUAUGUAACCCCUUAGGGUCCCAUGCUUCUGCAAACAAAUUGGUCAUGUUUUAUUAUACUUUAGGAAAUAUUGAUCCAAAAUUUAGGUCAAAGUUAGCUGCAAUACGGCUUCUUGCUAUUGCUAAAGCAAAUGACAUUUCUCAGUGGGGUAUUGAUGUUGUACUGAAAAGAAUACUUCAAGAUCUGUCACUGCUUUACAAUGGUGUAAGGAUUGAAAUGUCAAAUGGUGAAAUUGAAUUGUUUGGUGCUGUUAUAGCCAUUUGCGGAGACACGCUAGCCCAGCAUGAGAUUGCUGGCUUUAAAGAAGGGAUUGGUUUUGCUUAUAGCAAAUGUAGACACUGUGAAUGCAACUUUGAUGAUAUGCAAAGUGUUUUUGAGGAGAAGAAGUUUGUUCAAAGAACUCUGGAGAAACAUAUCAGGCAGUGUUUUGAAAUAGAUAAAGCAAGCACAGAUUUAUUGAAAGCGUCCCUCAAAACUACUUAUGGAAUUAAUAGAAGAAGCAGACUAGUUGAUGUUCCUGCAUUUGACCUGAUCAAACAAACUCCCCAGGACAUAAUGCAUGUUAUUUUUGAAGGUGUUGCAUCAAUGGAAGUUAAAUUUGUAUUAAAACACCUAAUUCUCUCAGGGCAAUUGGAAUUAGACAAGUUUAAUUCAGACAUUCAAAAUUUUCCUUACUCACCUCUUGAAAUACGGGAUAAACCAUCUCCUAUUAGCUUUGGCACUUUAGCGGCUAACGACAACAAAUUGAAACAGUCUUGUGGACAGAUGCUAAUUCUUUUAAAAAUAUUACUUUUUCUUUUGUAUGGUGUGGAGAGUGAGUAUGUUGUAUUUAUUAGAAAGUUAAUUAUGAUAGUUCAAAUAGUUCUUGCUCCCAUUAUUUCUUUAGAAACUGUAUUGCAACUGAGAAGUAUGAUUGAAGAACACCUGUAUCAGUUCAAGCAACUUUUUCCCGAAGCCAAUAUAAUACCUAAGCAACAUUAUAUGUUGCAUCUUCCCAGUCAAAUCUUAUCCCUUGGACCUUUAAUAAGGAGUAUGUGCAUGCGCUUUGAGGCAAAGCACUCCUACUUUAAACAGUGGGCUUCUAAGUUAAAUUUUAAAAAUGUUUGUAAAUCCCUAGCAAACCACAAUCAAUUUCUUGAGUGUUGUGAAAAUGAAAUAGGCACUGAACAUCCUAUUUUUGCAAAAGAAAAGGAAUCCGGGCCAGUAUCAGCUGUUAAAAAUAAUGAAUAUGUUAGGAAAAAAAUUAAAGAAUUUUUUGGAAUAGAUGUCAUGCAGUCUGUUGUCUCAGUGAAAUGGUAUGUUCUAAAUGGCAAUAAAUACAUUACUGGGAAGUCCAUGAUUAUUGCAGAUGUGGAUAGCACUUUCCCUGUGUUUGGACUGAUAAAGGAUAUCUUUUUGAUUGACUCAUCUUUUAUUGCUUUUGAGUACCAACGCUAUGAAACUUUGAAUUUAAAUGAAGACUUAUUGGCAUAUGAAGUAACUGUGCCCAUUGUUGCUCAAGCUACAGAAUUAGCCCAUGAGCUCAUUGAUUAUACUUCAUACUUUUCUAUUAGUUUUAGGGACAGUGUGUUUGUGCCAAUAAAAUACAGUCUUUCUGAUAUUAUUUCCCAUAGAAAUCACCCUUAAGAUUAGGGUUGCACCAAGUAUUGUCUUAGU